AUGCACAGACGACAAGAAAAACCUUGUCGCGUUUGCACUGCCACCGAACGAACCAGCUACCAUUUUGGUGCUCAUACCUGUAUGGCUUGUGCCUCGUUUUUCCGGCGAACCGUUUCUUUUGGAAUCCGAUUUUUGUGUAAAGCCAAUAAUGCUUGUGUGGUUACUCCAGAUAUUAAGUUUAUCUGCCGAUCCUGCCGGUACAGCAAUUGUAUCAAAGCUGGGAUGAGAAGAGAACAAGUGCAGCAGAAAAAAGACAAGACAAAAAUGCCGAAGUACAUUUUGGAGUCGCGGCAACAUGGAGUUCAAGAAAUCGUAAGAGUGUCUAAAGAACAUGAGACUUCAAAAGAGGGAACGUCGAAAUCUGAGGAGCACAAUGAACACGAGUUCAAUAAAAUGCUCAAUGCAAAGCACGAUGACGUUCUACAGUACUAUGUGAAGCAAGUUGGAAGAGCCAUUGCCACCAGAAAGAGAUUCGAUGUACCAGAGGACCAAUACCAACAAUUCCUAAUCUCCAAAAGAAUAAACGACGAGCUGGCGCAAGAAAUCUGCGAAACCUGUCCAGGAACCGAUCUUCUGGAACAAGCUGACCUCAAUGUGCUUUUCCGAUAUUGCUCAUUCGCUAACCUCUGGAUGGAUUCUGCAUGGACUACUGUAGUAAAUCCAAACGACAUUAGCGGCGGAGAUACGGCGGCGGCUACAAUGUCACAAUUCCUUGAAUACGAAAAUGGGCACGAAAAGAGACAAAGUGACACCACAGAUGCAUCGAGACUCAUCUCGAAUUUCAAUCUUCACUUCCAAUCCAAAAUUGGCAAGGAAUUAUCACGUCUUCAACUUGACGCCUUCGAGUAUGCUGCUCUCAAAUCCUUCUGUAUCUGGAAAUUGGCCUACUUAGAUUCUACUCUCACAUUGAAAAUUGUGGCUCAAGAGCAAUAUUGCUCGGUGACAAGUGCACUCCGAAGUUAUUAUAUUAUUGAGAAAGAUAUGGAUGGGAGUGAGACUGCGAUCAGACUUGCCGAUGUUACAAUUAUCCUUGGAAGUGUGUCUGAGGUCUAUCACGACACUGUCAAAAUGUAUCAAUCUCUUGGUAUCGAAUUUUGA